CUUCAACUUUGAACUUCCUCUCCAGAUGGCCAUUUUCAAGCAUCAGGGAUUCAUUUGGAUGUGUGAAAUGUUUGAACGAGUUGUGUUUGAUCUUCACUGCUUUUUAAGGGCGCUACAUGUCUUCAUAAACCUUCUUUCAGUUGUGUGGCAACUCUGGGUGUGUCGGUGAGGACUUGUCACAGCAAUCUUUGCAAAGAACUCUCACUUGAACUUGAUUCAGUUGGCCAUUGUUUCAUCAUCUCCAUCUCUGACUCCAGCCAGGAGGACCAUAUUAAUCAGAAAGCAGUCCCGCAGCUCUGAGCUUUAAUCACCUUCACACCACAUCGUUUUUUAUUUUGAGGGGGUUCUGAUGUGGUUUGUUUCUGUUUUUUGUGGUCCGUUCAGCAUUUCUUCACAUCUGGAUCAUCAGUUAACGUCUGACUUGUUGGAUAUUAAAUUGUACUCACAGCUGCCAGGAGGAUAAUGGCGACCAUGUGCGUCCCUAAAGUGUAGAACAAUGGGGUCCAUAGUGCGGUCCACAGCUUGUCAUUAAUUGGAAUAUUGUAAAAAAUGAAAUGAAUUGAUAAUUAAUGAUAUACAGUGUAUUAUUAGAUAUGACACUCAUUUGCUUUGUCACCUAUAACACCAAGCUAAAGCCUGGUUUGUACUCCUGCGUCGAGGUGCCAGUGCCCUCGUCUCGCUUGCACCUCCAAAAAAAAAAAUCGAACCUCGUCAUAAAGGCUGUGAUUAGCUGGCUUUUAGUACGUCGUUUCUUUUAUGCUACUUUUUCAAAGUACCUUUCAAAAACCCCAAGGACACUGUACAGAGGGGGGGAAUACGCAGCACACAACAGAAGAUUACAUUUAAAUUCAAUUAAAAUAAUGGCACAGUAAAAUCACAGUAUAAAGUCCUGAAGAGGUGGCAUAGGCGAUUGAUGUUGUCUAGAUGGAAAUAUGGAGACCGGGUUAUGUUACUGAUGUGACUAAUUGGCGAUGACACUUAAAUCUGAGGGCACGGGAAAACUAAGGAGUUGUGGAUACUGAUGGAGAAACGAUCAACUUUGGAUAGUGUGGAUUUGGAACCAACAAGAAGGAUUUUUGUUUUUUCACUGUUCAGUUUGAGACAAUGUGAGGCUAGCCUGGGUUUGAUUUCAGAUAAGCAGGUGGUGAGAGAGGAGGGUAGGAGGAUGGAAUUAGGUUUGUGCGAGAGGUAGUUAGGCUCGAGAGCUGGGCAUCAUGCAUGAAUAAUGGAAGUAGACAUUGGCAUUUUGGUGGAGAAUUGCAUAACCGUGACGCAGGACUUCGAAAGGUUCACAACAUCACGGCGCUGUGACUACACAGAAGGACGAGGCUGAAGAUAUGGAUGUUGUGUCAGACAGUUUAGCAUAUAUUGACCUACACUGGACUGGUUUUAUCAAAGUGGUUGUGUCAAGGUGGCGAGGGCCGCAUACUUUUCUGUAUGCGGGUAUGCGGCCCUCGCAGACAAAGGUUUGGAGACCCCUGUUGUAGAGCAAUGAUGAGCAGACAGCAGGUCCGUCUCACUUGCUAGUGCAGGAUGAACUGUCACCAACAUGUCCAAUCCAUCCGCUGCUGCUGUUCCUCCUGCUCCCACCGGAACCCGUGCCAAGGUGAGCAGCCGGGGCCGCACCGCUAAUCCCGUCGCCAACGCCAAUUCUGAUGAAUCUGACAUCCCUGAGUUUGAGCUCUUUGGCGCAGUCGGACCAAGAGGACUUCCACCUUUGACUGAGUUCCUGGACAUCUGGGAUGUGGACAUGAUGAAGAAACAAGACGAGACCAACAAGGUUCUCCACCACACGGCCUCGUACCACUCUGACUAUCUCAUUGUGCGCAGAGGACAAGAGUUCCAGGUCAAGAUCACCUUUAACCGCCCCUAUGAAGCAGACAAGGACAAGUUUGCCGUGGAGUUUGUCAUCGGCUCCAGUCCUCAGUACAGCAAGAACACCUACAUUCCCGUCUUCCCCACUGAUGAGCGCCAGAGUUCCUGGCAGGGCCGCAUCAUUCAGACCUCUGACAACAUGCUCACCAUGGGCAUUAUGCCCGCUGCCACCUGCAUCGUGGGCAAGUACCACAUGUAUGUGGGCGUGAUUACCCCCUACGGUGUCCGCAGGACCAAGCGGGAUAAAAGCCGCGACAUCUAUGUCCUCUUCAACCCCUGGGCGGCAGCUGAUGCCGUGUUUCUGGACGACGACGCCGAGAGGGAGGAGUGCGUGAUGACCGAGACAGGAAUCAUCUACCAUGGCGCCCAUGAUGACAUCGCUGAGAAACACUGGAACUAUGGACAGUUUAACUACGGCAUCCUUGAUGCGUGCCUGUACAUAAUGGACAGGUCUGAGAUGCCCAUUAGCAACCGAGGAGAUGCCAUUAAGGUGGUCAGAAAGGCGUCCGCCAUGCUGAACUCUCGUGAUGACGACGGCGUGAUGGUCGGGAACUGGAGUGGCGACUACACAUACGGUGUGGCGCCCACUGCGUGGACGGGUAGCACAGAGAUCCUCCUCAGCUAUGCCAGCAGCAAGAUGCCCAUCUGCUACGCUCAAUGCUGGGUCUUUGCCGCCGUCUUCAACAGCUUCUUGCGCUGCCUGGGAAUUCCAUCCCGAGUCGUCACCAACUACGUCUCCGCCCAUGACAACGACGGAAACCUGAAGAUGGACAUCAUCCUGGAUGAGAACGGUCGCAUUGAUCGCAGCCGCACGCGGGACUCCAUCUGGAACUAUCACUGCUGGAACGAGUGCUACAUGUCCAGACCGGACCUCCCGGCCGGCUUCGGAGGCUGGCAGGUUGUGGAUGCAACACCGCAGGAGACCAGUGAUGGCUUUUAUAGAUGCGGCCCAGCAUCAGUCCAUGCCAUUAAACACGGUUACAUCUGCUACCCCUUUGACGCGCCCUUCAUAUUUGCUGAGGUGAACAGUGACAUGGUGUUUUAUUCCCGGAGAAGAGACGGAAGCCUGGAAACAGCGAAGGUGAACCGCACCCAUAUCGGCCGCAUGGUUUUGACAAAAGCUGCCGGCACGCUGAGCCGCCGAGACAUCACUGAGCUGUACAAAUUCCCUGAAGGCAGUGCUGAGGAGCGCACAGUCCUGGAGAAAGCUGAUUUGUACAGCUGCAUAAGAGAGACAUCCAACCCCCCUCUGGCUGACGUUGACCUGCUUCUGUCAAACAUGGAGGUCAGCCUAGGUGACGACUUCCAGUUGAUUCUGACGUUUGUCAAUCGCAGCAACAAUCGGCGCACCGUGGAGGCGUACGUCAGUGGCACCGUGGUCUACUACACGGGUGUCACCAGCUCAGAGUUCUUGUUCACCACCCCCACUAUCAAGAUUGGGCCGGGCAAGAGUGUGAAGGAGUCGGUGAGCGUGGAGGCCAAGAAGUACAUGAAGCUGCUGGUGGAGCAGUCCAACUUGCACUUCAUUGUCACAGGAAAGGUCACUGAGACGGGCCACAUUGUUACCGCCAUGAAAGUCGUCCGCUUGCAUAAUCCCAAACUCAGCGUCAAGGUGUCAGGCCCCUUUAAGGUGAACGAGGAGAUGAUGGCGAUGGUGGAGUUUACCAACCCCUUCACCACCAACCUGGAGGAUGUCAACAUCCGCAUGGAAGGAUCUGGAAUCAUGCUGCCCAAGUCAAAAUACUACAGUCUCAUCACAGGAGGCUCCUCCCUCACUUGGAGCGAGUUCUUCACCCCGCAGAGGGCAGGCACCAGUCGGCUGAUUGCCACUCUUGACUGUCCCGCUCUCAGGCAGGUGUACGGCGAGGCCGCUCUCACUGUGGACGCCUGAGGAUGGACGUCCAUGCUCGGAGGCAGAUUGCUUUAACCGCAUUUUUCCAUUAAGUCACAUUAAAAUGAAUUAGAAAUACAGCCUUAAUACUUUAACAUCAUAGUGAUAAUCAUCUACAUCAGGGGUGUUUCCAGUGCAUACAUAAAAAUGAAAGGAUACAUUUUCAUAUUAAAGAUGCUAAAACCAAUCCAGCGUAGGAAAUUAUAUGUUAUUUGAACAAAACAUCCACAUCUUAGCUUUGUGUGUGACAAAGCAAAUUUGGCAAAUUUGUCCAUCCAUCUUCUAUGCCGCUUAUCCUCACUGGGGUCGCUUGUAUGUUGGAGCCUAUCCCAGCUGACUUUGGGGGAGAGGCGGGGUACACCAUGGACUGGUCGCCAGCCAAUCGCAGGGCACAUAUAGACAAACAACCAUUCACACUCACAUUCAUACCUUUGGACAAUUUAGAGUCUCCAAUUAAGCUAACAUGCAUGUUUUUGGAAUGUGGGAGGAAACCGGAGUACCCGGAGAAAACCCACACACGGGGAGAACAUGCAAACUCCAAACUCCCAAUGAGGACUCGAACAUGCUAACCACUAGGCCACCGUGCGGCCUGCAACUUAGUGUAAUAUGUAAUAAUCUAUUUCGUAAAUAAUUAAUUCAUGAUAUCUUAACAAUGUGACGAUGGCCAAUAAAAAACAAGCUACGGUAAGAAAAUGACCCCCAGGCCGCAAUUUUGGCACCCCUAAUUUAUUCUGUAAAUCCUGCUUCCUUUUUCUCAUCUGUGCACACGCAGCUUUGCCAAAUAAAUGAUUGAAAGCCCCACACAUGCAUGCAUCCUUUAUUAUCCCCCA